CCAGAUACAUCAUCAGCCAUGUGAUCCGUCUUAUCUUGCUUUGUUAUCUCCGUUUUCUGCCGGCGUAAUCUCUCUCUCUGUUUAGUUUUGGCAUGUAAUCUAUUUGAUCCACUUCAUUCUGCCUUUCUCUUAUUCCCCCAAUUUCGCUUCUUCUCUUUUAUUUCUCUCUUUGCUCUUCCUUUCUGUCUCUCUCUCUCUCUCUUUCUUUCAAUCGUGGUCGUCUAGCUAUCUCGGUCUGCGGGGCUUAUCGUGAUAAGCUCAGACCCUGGUUCCUCUCGGAGCUCCCCGCAUUGCUUAUCCUGCCCGAGUUACCGAAUCCGUACAGAUCCAACUGUCCAUCCCGGAGCCCGCACUCUCCAACACACAAAAUAUAGCCAAACCUGUUUAACAAGCACAAACAAGACCCAAAAUGUCCUCAACUCUACCCGCCAACGCGCGGAUCUCCACUAACCCGUUCGUCGAGUCCAAACUGAACCAUCUGCGUGACCGAUCACUGGGCAGCAGCGCAGUUCGGGCCACCACCGCCGAAAUUGCUCGCAUCCUAGCUGUUGAAGCAACGCAAAACCACAAGCCCGACCACGGCAAAAUCGGAUUGAUAGUGGUACUACGUUCUGGUUUGGGGAUGAGUGAUGCAUUCUUGUCGCAGUUUGCGCCUGAUACAGAUGUGGUUGUUUAUCAUAUUGGCAUGUUUCGGGAGAAGUAUUCGUUGCAGCCCGUGGAGUACUACAAUAAGUUGCCCAACAACAAUACGGAUGUCAAACGGGUGUAUGUUAUAGAUCCAUUGAUUGCCACGGGUGGGACAGCUACAGCUGUUAUCGAGGCUUUGCGAGACUGGGGCGUUGAACACAUCACUUUUGUAUCAAUGUUGACCAGCCAGCAAGGUCUGGAGCAUGCAGCAAAGGCCUGGCCUGAAGGAACCGAAUUCGUGAUUGGGGCUAUUGAUCCCCGCUUGGAUUCAAACGGGUAUAUUGAGCCUGGAAUAGGUGAUAUUGGUGAUCGUCUGUUUGGAACUGGGCUGUCACAUUGAUUGGGUAGAUCUACUAGUAAAUAAAUUGGAUUUAACAUUUGGG